AUGGAUCCAACAGCAGCCAGACACAUCCAAUGCCCAUCUGGGAUAGCAAAGCAAAAUAAACAAGGUCGUCGACCCGGAAAGAUAGCCUGCGCAGCAUGCCACGCCCGCAAAAAGCGAUGUGAUAUCUCCCCGCCAUAUCACCAGUGCACGCACUGUCGCAAAGAAGAUCAAUGCUGCGUCCCGCGAGAUCCAAUUGACAGCAAGACUUACAAACCCCUUGGAAGACCUACCCGGCGACGAAUGUCCAAUCGCAACCACAACAGCCAGCAAGCUAGUGAUAACCACGAAAACCAAUUCCACGUCAAUGGCUUUCUGCCAAGGGGUAUCGAUCACGAAAUACCUCGCUGGAGUGCCGUGUAUUCAUCUUAUUCGGAGAUGCGUCGGCUACUGCCUUCUCUCACUUCCACUUUCCCGUCCCCUUCGCCCGAGAUGGAAGAGGACAUUGCACACAGGCAAACUACAAAAGAGAGAAAGCGGAAUGUGUCUUCGUCAGGGGUGGGAUCUUCAAGGCGCUUCCAGUCUGGUGUUCUAUAUAGGGAUUAUGCGGAGUCGACUUCUUCUAUAAAGGGGAUCAGCAUACGUGCUUCUCGGUCUCUAUCUCCGUCUCCGGCGCCUGUAGGUGAAAGGGUUGGGUUGGAAAAGGCGUUAGCCUGCGAAGCUGAGAUGCAUGGGGAUCUUACUUCAAUGAGGGAAGUGAGAGUUCCAAAUGGCGGGGGCCCUGGUUCUACCUACGAUGUUUUCAUGAAUGAUCUCGAUGCAUUGCUUAGAUUUUGA